UCAGCACUAUAGUUUGGAAAACCCAGACGUACUCCCGAAAUUGCCCUGUGCUUUUCUCUAUUACUGGUUACCCAUCUUAGCCUACUGUUCAGGUAGCUUCUACUGCAUGCUGUAGACUUAUGGAAAUAUCUAGUCAUGUGCUAGAGAAACUCCACGAGGCAAAAAAAUAGAAUUUCCAUGCCGCCAACAAGAGCCCCUCUCCGUUUGACAGAGGACAUUUCUCGCGCGCCUCCCUAUUCUUUCAUGUUACGCUGACUCUUAGCGGCAGACGAACUAGGACGCGCUUCAGAGCUACAGUUCAAAGAGACACCUGCAACUUCCCACAGUGAACCUGUCUACUGCGCCGUCGUGGAAAUUGCCCGUGAAGCUAGCAUUACUCUCCAAUCCUGACAGGGUGCCCUGUGGAGCCGCCCCGCGUAAGUGGAAUCUGGUGGGCUGUGACUGAGUUUGGGGCACGUGAGGGAUGAUAACCAUCAGUACUGAUGAUCACUUCUCACACGACGACUGGCUCUGUCUACACCGCGAAGGAUAUUUCACACCGAAGGAUUGAAAGUCUCUCCCAGCGGUGAAAUGUUGCCGGUCAGAUCUGACCGAUUGUCCGUUUCUUUUUGACCAAUCGCGGCCUCCUCAGUGCCAGCAGCCGUACUAUUAAUUGUGAGAUCUGGCCAGAGUCAGGGCAUUAGGCUGACCGCCGGCUGCAGCAUCAGCGUACGUUUCCAUCCGGCAAAGAUCUUCCCAUCUUGACCCUGUCGUAUUCGCAGUUGACCUGGUUUGCUCCCAGGACUACGUGUGACUUCGCCGACCGGGUUUCGUGCCAACCCAAGUUCCUCUCAUGCGCGCUCUCAUCGACUUGGAGAUCGUAACACUUCGCCUCUGGGAGCUGCCGUAUUCUUCCCUGUAGAAGACCUACAGCCAGCCUUCCGGGCGAUGAUGUAAAGGAUAUCGGCUUUCCAUUUCGAAGAGCGAGUAGGAACAGUAAACAGUUCGUGCUCUGAGGUUCUGGAGCGAGGAAACCCAGCCCUCGUGUGCUCUCUAUAUAAGCUUGACUUUCUUAUUUCUUCCUCGUUCCCUCACCCCUCACGAUGACUCCAUCCCGGCCUUACGUGGUGCUGUUUCUCCGACUGGCUGUCUUCGUAACCCAGCACAACUUCGGUUGCUGGGCGCAGGCAUCGAUCGGGUUGAACGUACCGGACUACGUGGAAGCAAUCACAGGAAGUUCCGCCAUCUUGGAGGCUGACUAUGACACCACAAAACGUAUUGCCUCUAUUGAGUGGAGCAAGGUCGAUUCCGUGGAGAAAAUAAAGAGAACCUCCGUCUUUACCUACUGGCCUCCGUUCGACUCUUCCACGGCGCACGGAGAUUAUAACGGACGCGCAAGGCUUAAUGGGAAGGCGUCUCUGAUGAUUGAUGACGUCACAGAGAAUGAUGAAGGGACGUAUAUCAUCACCGUGUCGGCGGAGGGACUUCCGAGUGAAGAGGCAUUUGUUGAUCUCAGGGUGUUGGUCCCUCCGUCAGUAGUUGUUGGACCAUCCAAUCCUUACGUCACUUCCUGGGGUAGAGCGGUGUCCCUGACAUGCGCAGUGAGAAACGCGAAGCCCAACGUCACAAACAUCUACUGGCAGAGAAAUGGCGCCAUGAUUGACAGCAGGCAGUUUGACACAAAGUAUUCUGGCGGGAAUCUGCAACAUCCGGACUUGGUAAUACGUCACGUGACCAGAGGGGACAAAGGCGUGUACAAGUGUAUAGCUGAUCACAUUGUUCGGACCAGCAGCGACUCUCUCAGCUUGGAUGUGCUGUAUCCCGCCACCAUUGUGAGCAUCUCCGACUCGCAGACCGUGAAUACAGACGACAGGGUCAAGUUCCAGUGCGUUGCCGAGGGCAACCCGCCUCCAAACAUCACGUGGACAGUCAACGGAAUGCGCGUGCGCUCUACGACGAAUUCAAUGACACGUGACGUGCGCACGGGCACAGUUGUUCUGGACAGAGUGCGGGCAAACGCAACAGGAACUUACGUAUGCACGGUCAGCAAUAACGUUGGGGAGAGUGAUGUCAAGUCUCUACAGCUUAGCGUCAAAGCGUCUCUGCGAGGCCACGAUGGCAGCACGGUAGUGAUCUGGGUGGGCGCCAUUGCCGGAGGUCUGUGGUUCGUGAUCUGUCUGGGACUGGUGGUAUACUUUAUACAGCGGAGGAGAAACAAGGAGGACAAGAAACGGUUCUCCUUCUACUACAACAUGGGACGGAGGGAGCAGGGUCGGCUGGAGGAGAGGUUUGGAGAGGAGACACUAGAAGUCACACGGCAUCCUCACCUCAAACUACCCUCUAAACCCAUCUCACCGGCACCCUCGGGAGGUAUUGACACCAUCAGGCGAACCACAAACAAAGGCAGGAUCAGAAGAUAUGCUAGGGUUCUGUAUCCAUACCACCCACAAGAGGGGAACGAACUUUACUUGGAGGCAGAUGACGUCAUCGAGGUGCUGGAGGGGGAAGAUGGCGGCUGGUGCCUGGGUUACCUGAGCGGCAGGAUAGGCCUGUUCCCCUCCAACUACGUCAAGUUUCUGUCCGCAUCAGAAGUAUCAGCAGCCAAGCUUAGGGAACUUUACGACGGCGCAAGCGCAGACGGAAUUAAAGGGUCUCCCAAGAGAAGCGUCUGACCUUCACCUCAAAGGAAAGUGACUCAAUGCACAUCGACCAAGAAGGCCAUUGUAUAUCCACAGGAUUCUUAGAAUGUUGAGGACAAUCUGAGAGCUGGAUCUUUCGGGACAUAUCUACUAACGCUAGGAAGAAACAAUGGUGUGACACCUAAUCACGUGACUUGAUACUGAAGCGUCAUCGAAUUCGCAGCCAUGACACAAACACAACUUCGGCACCAACACGGUCAACUCUACCGAGAACCCUUUUCCACAACUUUUUACUCCGUAAGGAGAUUGAGGAAUCACACGCAGUCAAAAAUCUAUGUAAUCUAUUUGAGAUUGAUAGGACGACAAAAUGGUUUACAGUUGUACAUGACACACAUGAUCAAGUUGAAACUUUCCCUUUGUUAGUAGCAUCUUUAUGAGACAUUUUCCAUUGAGGUGCCUAGUAAAAAAGCGGGGAAUGGUUGCUACAAACAACAUGUUAUCAUUUCGGACUUUAACCCUUCGUUUCAAGUUCUUUUACUAGCCUGAACAUAGCAGUUCUCUGUAUCGUUUUGAACGACUGCGUAUUGUAACCCCAGCUGGCAAAAAAAAGUCUACAUGCAGUUCUACUGCAACUUGAUAGGAGGUGCUGCUGCAAGACUUUCAUUAGGAGCCCGCGUGCUUUUGUGGACCAAACUGCAACAAUCAUUCAGGACGGGGAAAAGAGAGAGCCAGAGAGAAUUCUUCCACCAAUUUAGCUAACCUCUUCACUAAUGGAAGAACAGUCUUGAGAGUUCUGCUCUACUUGAAUGUAUCUUUUCCAGAUCACAAACACUCAAGACACCGUCAUUACAAACAGAGACCCAUUUUGUACGGAAUGGUAAACCAAAUAUGGCUAAUGCAUACAAAGGUGUGAUGAUGAAAUGUAAGCAUCGUUUAUAGGAUUUCGCGACGUUCCGGACGACAGUUAGAAAGUAGUUUUUCAAGACGUUUAAUAGAUUUUAGGGGAAAUAGAAGCUAAUUGCAAAGCAACACGCUGGCUGGCUGGCUACUUAUUUUCCCCAUAGGUCAAUAAAAACUGUUGCAUACUGUAUAUUAUGUACAGUAGUUGGUCGUAAAUGACUAUUUUAGGCUUAUAUUCUACAGCUCAUUAUGCAUCAGCACUC